AUGUGUAUAAAGUUUGAGAGUGACGAGAUUUCGACAACUGGAGAUGAUUGCAGCAAGAGUUAUUCGAAAGAGGAAGAGGUGCGAUCGUUUGCGUUGCGUGUAGACAAAGCGAUGGAUUGUCAACAAGGGGAAGCAAAACACAGUUACCGUGGUUUCGUAACCGUUGUGAGAGGUGUCAUUAUCAUUGUUCUUCUUUUAGCUUUGUUUAGAAGAGUAGGUGUUUGUAUACUUGUUUUUGUAUUGCGUGUUACUGUUUUUCAUGUCAUAAUUUUGUUGCGAUGUUGUACAUGAAUUAUCCUCGGUGUGGAGAUUGUGCAUUUUCAGCAAGUUUUGUAAGGGAGUGUACUUAUGUUAGUUACAUUGCUCGAGAAGGCGUGGAGUUAACUGUUCAUAAGGAAGGUGUUGUUGUAGAGGAAAUAAAGGAAGUGGAACUGAGAUCUCGUCGUGCGCAAUUUAUUUACGACAGAAAUUAUAAUCGAAUUGUGUUACGGCGACGCGGUCAUGCACCUAGCAGACUUUCGGUGAAGAAGUUACGACGUCUGUUACACAAACGGGGAAAAGUAAGGGUUUUCUAUGGAACAGUUUCCGGAAAAUAUCAUUUUCUUAUUAUUCCUCUGAAUACAAAAUUAAUUCCACAACCACGACGCCGAAGUGUACGCUCCCAUAGCGUCUUGUUACACAUUAUCCAGCUGCUUGAAAUAGUGACUGCAGCAGAUUCCAAGGCAGAAAAAAAGAAAAAUGUUUUAUUUGUUCGUUAAUUAUUAAGAACCCCCAGCCCAAACUCUGUUCAGGGGACACUUGCAUUGGUCCCAAGGGUGUACCCUGAGAGAGAGGUUUCACUGUAAAACGUGCCUCCCCACUUCAUCCCCAGAAGAUACCUAUCACUAGGAUGGAUAGCAACGUUCCGAUAUGCUGAUUCUACGUCGAUCUUAGCCAUAAAAGCACCACAACCACAUCUGCAGACUAGUUUAAUGAGGUUGUCCGCUUGAAUAUACUGAAGUGGAAAAUCGUCUAGCCUGAUACCAUCAUUAUCACUGGAUCCCAAAGGGGAGCACAAGUCUAAGAUUAGGGUUGAUUGCCCCGAAACUGUUAAUAUGGAAAUUGGGUGGUGGGGGCGAUGGAUAAAGGCGGCCAAGGGAUAAAUCAUCAAGUAUUUGUCAUUUCUGGGAGGAUGUUGAUUUGCGGAGGCCUUAUUCUUCGUAGCGGAUUUCAAAGGGAUUUGAGGAUUGAAAGGCAGAAUCUAUGCUCAAUGCCAUUAAUACCUUCAGAGACCACAACUUGGUUUGGGUGGGUAGUAAACGCCAAAGCUAAGGGGAAACCUGAGAAAAUGGUGGGAGACUGGCAGUAACUGGAAAGAAUAAUUCAACAACAAACCUCUUUAAUAAACCAAUAAACAUGAAACUGGAGAGGAUAGCCAAAGCCAUGGCUAUCCUAUCCAUGAAUCGUAAGAUGGUCUUAAGUUCCUAAAGUCAGACCAGGCUGUUCGAGGCCUGGGAAACUGCAGUUGUGACAUGCAAGGUCGCCGUGAAGGGAUGCCACCGAGACAAUGUUCCACGUGGGAACUGCCAGCUGAAUGGCCUCCAUGAUUGGAGCUGUGGGCAUCUCCAGCGAGGGAACCGCCGUUCUAAAGGUACCGAGAAAGAAACAGUCCGUGGAAAGACGGAAACAGACGACGAAACAAGCGCCGGAAGUGAGCAGUCACAAGUGGAAGUCGCUGUUGACUGUAAGGCUGUUCAGCACGAUGAUGGAGGCAACGAAGGGUUGUAA